AUGGGCGCCUAUCUCUAUGGGCGCCUAUCUCUAUGGAUCUCUAUGGGCGCCUAUCUUUUUGGGCGCCUAUCUCUAUGGGCGCCUAUCUCUAUCGGCGCCUAUCUCUAUGCGCGCCUAUCUCUAGGGGCACCUAUCUCUAGGGGCGUCUAUCUCGAAGGGCGCCUAUCUCUAGGGGCGCCUCUCUCUAGGGGCGCCUAUCUCUAUGGGCGCCUCUCUCUAGGGGCGCGUGUCUCUAGGGGCGCCUAUCUCUAUGGGCGCCUCUCUCUAGCAGCGCGUGUCUCUAGGGGCGCCUAUCUCUAUGGGCGCCAAUCUCUAUGGAUCUCUAUGGGCGCCUAUUGA